AUGGCACACAAUUCAGGAAAUGACCUCUCCGGCGCGCCGCCCAGCUAUGAUGAUUCUCAGCAAGCUGCAUCAUCAGCAGCAGUAGUAGGAACCCAAGGCAACUCCCAUGGCUUCGACAAACAGCAAUAUCAUACUAGCACCCAGCAAAACCCGGGGCAGCAGUCACAGUUCCCACCGGGUGAUCCUCCACCUUAUCACAACUGGCAAGAAGCAGUGCCAGAUACGUCAGUCUUCCCACCACCACCCAUUUCAGGCAACUACAGCUCCGGCACGGGCAACGCCUCUGCCGACGAUGCCCAGCGCGCCCAUGACUUUUGUGACUCGACCGCUCUCUGGCAGCCCGUAGUACCCUCUACCGCGGUAUACUCGUCCGUGGCCACCCACGACCUGCGCCCCGUUCGGCAACGCGAGUUUAUCGGUGAACUCACUCCUACUGCACCGGGUCGCUGGUUCGGCCGCACCGUCGACCGAAACGGAGACUGCUGCGUACUGACCCAUCUCCCUCUGUACUUUGCCGCCCAGGAUUCCCCCUUUAUCACGGAGAAGCGCAAGUCAAUCUAUUUCGAGGUCAAGCUGCUCACCCUCCGUGCAGGUCCCGAGGGCGACGCGAGUGGAUUGUCCCUGGGCUUUGCCGCACAACCAUACCCGUCAUGGCGCUCGCCAGGUUGGGAGCGCGGUAGUCUCGGGGUAUUUUCAGACGACGGCUGUCGCUUUGUGAAUGACUCGUGGGGUGGGCGGGACUUUACCGCGCCAUUCAAGAUUGGCGAAACUCUGGGAAUUGGGAUGAAGUUUGCGCUGCCCGAGGAUCCGCUCGCCAUGGCAGAUGCAAUGUUUGGUGCCAAGCGGACGUGCAAGGUCGAGGUGUUUUUCACUCGUGAUGGACAACCAGCGGGUGGGUGGGACCUGCAUGAGGAGGUGGACGAGGAGGCCGGAAGCGUGGAAGGGUUGGAGGGAGACUUUGACCUGUAUGGGGCUGUGGGAUUAUUUGGGGGUGUGGACUUUGAGGCUUGCUUUGAUCCGGCUGGGUGGCGAUGGCAGGGUACUGAGUAG